AUGGUCAAGUCUACGAUAAUCGCUCGAGUUGCAGAUGGACUUCCACUUGCUGCGAGCAUGGAUGAUGAAGAGACGGACGAUCUGUUUGAAUACAAGCAGCAAGCAAAAGACAUUUUCAAGAGAUUGUCAACAGAUUCAGACACGAGAUGUUCCAUUGAAUCCGGCCCUUACGUCUUCAACUACUUGAUUGAAGUUGGUGUCUGCUACCUGACGCUAUGUGAUCGCAGCUACCCAAAGAAACUCGCAUUCGCAUACUUGGAAGAACUACAAAAAGAAUUCCAGCAAUUACAUGGUCAUGAGGUCGCUAGUGUUGGAAGGCCGUAUGCACUAGCUCGAUUUGAUAAUGUCAUUCAAAAGCUCAAGAAGCAGUACAAGGAUGUACGAGCUCAAAGGAAUCUGAACAAGCUCAAUGAUGAUUUGCAAGAUGUUACGCGUAUCAUGACAAAGAAUAUUCAGGAUGUGCUAGGGAGGGGAGAACAACUCAACAGAAUGAGCAAUCUAUCACAGAAUCUGGCUCAAGAAUCUAAAAAGUACUUGAAGGAUUCAAAGAAUCUGAAUCUGCAACUACUCUACCAGAAAUAUGGACCUCCAAUUAUCGUGGUGCUAAUAGUCAUAGCAGUCAUGAUGUUGAGAUACUACCUUUUCUGA